UGAGUUCUGUUGGAAACAUUGCGGUCUGCAUAUCUUUUCGUAUACCGAUGCCCGAUUUUGUGGCAUACAGCAUUAAGGCGUUAUCGCCGCGAAUUGAAAUGGAAAAAACUGAUCGCAUUCUGGUUUUGGGAAACCCUCUGCAAAGUAUUCCAUAACGUGUCUUCGGUGUCGAGUAGUCAAAUUUCACCGGAACUGUCGGCCUGCUGGCAAACCGCAUAAUCUUCUUUCAAUAAUCCCAUAGAACUUACCCUUGAUCGAUUGCACCGAAGUACAGCCGAAGCCAAUAGAAGAAUUCAUACUAGAGCCCAAAAAAUGCUACCGUAUGCUAUUUAGUGGAGAACGCUAUCAGUUUAUGGAGAAUGUUAACGUACAUAUUUUCCGUUUGGAAGUGCAAAUGGGAUCAGACCGAACUUACGCCAUUCUUUCGCUGCGCGGAAAAAUAAACGUUCAGCGAGUAUCCAAACACUCCAAUCCGCAUCGUGACUGUAAGGAGAAAAUAUCGGUCAUCAGUUCGUCCUAUAUCAUUCCAACGUUUCAUCUUGGAUCACAGACCAACCAAAACAACCAACCAAUGUUGACAAACAAGUUUUACAAAAUUACGGAAAACUUUAUGAACAACUACGAUCUCUGUCUGCAGAACGUUGGAGUCAGUUUUAGUGUUCUCAAGCUAAACGGAGUAAUUUCUUACUAACGACGGAUCUGAGUCAUCCGAUGCAGAAAAUCUAUUCCCACGUUCAGAUCGACAUCGGUGAACAACGACAGCAAUAUAGUAUUUCGCAAUUAGUCUUGUCGAGGGUAACAUCGAAUAAUGACCGAUCAUCAUAGAUUUAUAGACAAUAACUUGCAUCUUUAAUCAUUUUUAGAGC